GGGCGGGGAAAGAGACGGAAGUGAAGUUGGAGAGUGUUGACAGGAGCUGGGAGGCCUUGUUUGGGGCUUCGUGGCGGACUCUUCCGUAGAAAGAUGAUCCCCACGGAGGAAGCGUCCGCCCGGAGGCGGGAAAUAGAAGAGAAGCUCAAACAGGAGGAAGAAACAUUGUCUUUCAUCAGAGAGAGUCUAGAGAAAAGUGACCAGCUGACAAAAAACAUGGUUUCCAUUCUGUCAUCGUUUGAAAGCCGCUUGAUGAAGCUGGAGAACUCGAUUAUUCCUGUGCAUAAACAGACUGAGAAUCUUCAGCGCCUGCAGGAGAAUGUUGAGAAGACCCUGUUCUGCUUGGAUCAUGUCAUAAGUUAUUACCACGUAGCAAAGGACACAGAGAAGAUAAUAAAGGAAGGCCCUACAGGAAGAUUAGAAGAGUAUUUGGCCUGCAUGGCUAAAAUCCAGAAAGCUGUGGAAUAUUUCCAAGACAACAAUCCUGACAGUCCGGAACUCAACACAGUGAAAUUGCUGUUUGAGAAGGGGAAAGAAUCCCUGGAAUCAGAAUUUCGCAGUCUUAUGACCCGACACUCCAAACCAGUUCCUCCAGUCCUCAUCCUGGAUCUCAUCAGCUAUGAUGAAGAAAUGGAAACCCAAGAAGAUGCAACUCUAGAACACCUUCCUGAGAGUGUCCUGCAGGACAUCAUCCGGAUUUCUGGUUGGCUGGUGGAAUAUGGAAGGAACCAAGCGAGCGUUACGAUUUUGGGUUUGGGUGACAAGGUGCCGGUGGAGGGCUGCUUUGUGUUUUAUUUCUCUCAUUCACUUCCAAGGUCUCUUUGUCUCUCCUCUCUUGUGGCUUUGGUGACAGGCACGAUCCGUAAGGCUCAGAACCUUCUGAAACAGUAUUCUCAGCAAUGUCUAGAUGGGAAAAAGGGGGCCUCUAACCUCAUUCCUAUGGAAGGUCAUGAGCAUGAUUUACGAGUUAAACACCUUUCCGAUACCCUGACUGACAAGCACGGGCUAGCUGCUGGGAGAGAUGAUAUGUUGGACAUGGAGAUUGAUGCGUACAUCCACUGUGUGAGUGCCUUCAUCAAACUGGCCCAGAGCGAGUACCAGCUCCUGACAGAAAUCAUCCCAGAGCACCACCAGAAGAAAACAUUUGACUCUCUCAUUCAGGAGUCAUUAGACAACCUGAUGAUAGAAGGGGACAACAUUGUCUCUGCCGCUCGGAAGGCUAUAAUUCGUCAUGAUUAUUCAGCUGUACUGACUAUUUUUCCUAUCCUGAGACACUUGAAGCAGACGAAGCCUGAAUUUGAUCAAGUUUUGCAGGGCACUGCAGCCAGCACUAAGAACAAGCUCCCAAGCCUCAUCACGUCCAUGGAGACAACUGGAGCCAAGGCUUUGGAAGAUUUUGCAGAUAACAUCAAGAACAACCCAGACAAGGAGUACAACAUGCCAAAAGAUGGGACAGUUCAUGAACUCACCAGCAAUGCUAUUCUUUUCCUGCAACAGCUGCUGGAGUUUCAGGAAACGGCGGGUGCCAUGCUGGCUUCCCAAGUUCUUGGGGACACAUACAAUAUUCCUUUAGAUCCCAGAGAAACCAGUUCUUCAGCCAGUAGCUACAGUUCUGAGUUCAGCAGAAGACUGCUCAGUACCUACAUCUGCAAAGUUCUAGGCAACUUGCAACUAAAUCUUCUCAGCAAAUCCAAGGUUUACGAGGACCCAGCUUUAAGCGCCAUCUUCCUACACAACAACUACAAUUACAUUCUCAAGUCCCUUGAAAAGUCUGAACUAAUCCAACUGGUGGCUGUGACUCAGAAAACAGCUGAACGGUCUUACAGGGAACACAUCGAGCAACAGAUUCUGACAUAUCAGCGCAGCUGGUUGAAAGUCACAGAUUACAUCUCAGAGCGAAACUUGCCUGUCUUCCAACCGGGAGUCAAGCUCAAAGACAAGGAGAGGCAGGUGAUCAAGGAACGCUUUAAGGGUUUCAAUGAUGGCCUGGAAGAACUGUGUAAAAUCCAGAAGGCGUGGGCCAUACCUGACACAGAGCAGAGGGACAAAAUCCGGCAGGCUCAGAAAACUAUUGUACAAGAGAUCUACGCCGCCUUCUUAAACAGGUAUGGCAAUGUGCCUUUCACCAAGAAUCCUGAGAAAUACAUCAAAUACCGAGUUGAGCAGGUGGGCGAGAUGAUUGAGAAACUAUUUGACACGUCGGCAUGAUCUUCCAGCAUAACCGUCCGUUUUUCCCUAAACCCUUUGCCAGCCCACUGCAAGCACUGUGGGUCACCCUUGUAUUUAUCACAUUUAUAAACUGCUAACAAUACA